UCUCCUGCUCGGGUUAUUGCCGCGCUUCCCGAGACGCGCCCGCAGGAGGCGCUAGAGGAUGGCAGAGAGCAACGCCGGCGGUGAAGGCGAUUCGCGGAUCCGCCGCGCCAGGACAGGAGUCCGCAGGACUGCCGUAGACAUCUCCACGCUUAACCUGGUCGUUAGCGGAGGUAGCCCCAGCGCCUCUUUACCACGCUUGAGCAGGAAGGCGCCCCAGACAGAGCUCUGGCCGUGCCCAGUGGGGAUGCUCCUCCUCGUGCAGUAACGGCAGCAGGAGGAGGAAAAGCUGCAGCAGCCCAGCUCGGGACUUGCACAGCGGCGGCAGCUGUAGCAGCAGCAGCAGCAGCGGGAGAAGAAGGGUAGUGAUAAUCAAAAUAAUCAGCUUUUGGGAAAACUCUGCUGUCUUAUGCUGAAUUAUUUACUCAAGGAAAAUCCAUGAAUGGAGAUUUCCAGCAUGUUCAGGAAUUCCAGCAAAGUUGUAAUGGAGACUCAGAAAUCAGUAAAAUGAGAAGGCUGCUUAAAGAAAAGAAAGCAGAGACUUCCUUUUUAGUGAAAAUAUGCUCUUUUGGCAUGGGACUUAAAUGUGUGAAUUAGCUCCUCUCAAGAGAUCUACCUUCUCUGUCACUCUUGUUCCUUUGUGAUUAUGUACCUUUGAGCUCUACAGCACUCUUCCCUCCCCCCCCACUGCGACAAGAGAAAAUAAUACAUUAUAAAACAUGUCUAAAAAUUUGGAGAUAAUCAAUUUGUCAUUUUUAUUGGAACAUGAAAGGGAAACAAUUUUGGGGGUAUUGAAAAGAGAUGAGUACUUGAAAAAAAUCGAAGAUAAGAGAAUCAGGAAAUUGAAGAAUGAAUUAUUAGAAGUGAAACGGAAAGGUGGGCGGCAUUACCAUGAGGAUAACAGCAGGAUCUGCAUUCGCUGUCAAAAAAAUUUGGGCUUAAUCUUUGAUAGAGGUGAUCUGUGCCAAGCUUGCGGACUCAGAGUUUGUAACAAAUGUCGUGUUGCAGGAAUUGAUGGCAACUGGAAGUGCACAGUGUGCGCUAAGAUAGCGCAGCUUAGGAUAGUAACAGGUGAAUGGUUUUUUGAAGAGAGAGCAAAACGUUACAAACAAUCCAAUCUCCUUGGAACAGAUGUUGUCAGACAGUCCAUGCUACGUAAAGAAGGAGGAAAACCCAAAGGUCACUCACCAGAGAGUGCAGAAGAUGCAUCAAAGCAAGAUAUGCUAGCUUCCUUCUCAAAUGGGACAAAAUUGGUCUUCAGUGGGCCCAAGAAAAUAGGCAGGAAUGUCUUGACAGCAAUUGUCAAAGGAGACGUUGCAGGUGUGAAAGGAGAAGAUGGAAGGAGCAUCAGGUCAGAUGUAGAUGUCCAGAGUAUACAUAGUUAUGAUAGGGGGGAUAAUGAUCCGGACGAUCUGCCUGGUAGUCUGAAAGGGGCAGUGGGUGUUGUAAACCGAAGCAAUGCCUCUACUCCAGUCCAUCCCAGGUCACCAGCACUGAGCACAAGGAGCAUGACCAUGGACUACAGCAGGGAUCCUGGAUUAGAAAACGGCACUGCUGUCCCUGCAAGUGAAAGUAUACCUGCAGAUUUAGCAAAACGGCAUCAUAGGAAACCAUCUGGAACACCCUCCAUAGCAGUUUCUAGGACCUCUCUCUCAUCUGAUCGCAGCAUAUCAGAGAUAGAUCUCAGUGGAUCCUUUUCAGAAGGCAAUGAAGAUACUUUGAGCUUAAGGAGUAAAUCUGUGCCUGUAGCAUUGGACCAAGAGCUGGAUUCCCUGGAUGAGACAGAGGAAGAUAUUGAUGACAUUGUGGCCUCUGGUUAUUCAAAGAGGCGGAGCAAUUUGGCAAGUGGAUUAUCAACAAAUUCUCCUUCAAGUUCUGAGAGAAAAUGGACUUACUUAAAUGUUCCAGAAGCAGAUGGUGAUACUACUAGCAUCAAUAGUAUGAUGAGUGUUUACAGUGAAACUGGGGACUAUGGCAACGUGAAGAUCAGUGGUGAAAUUUGUCUCAAAAUCAGCUACAGCUACAGAACAGGAGCCCUCAACAUCCUAAUUAAAAAAUGCAAGAACUUGGCCAUAGCAGAUGAAAAGAAACAAAGAACAGACUCCUAUGUCAAAGCAUACCUCCUGCCGGACAAGUCUCGCCAAAGUAAAAGGAAGACAAAAAUCAAAAGCAAUAAUACUAAUCCAGAGUUCAAUGAAACACUGAAGUACGUCAUCAGCCAUACACAGCUUGAGACCCGGACCCUACAACUUUCUGUCUGGCACUAUGACAGAUUUGGACAUAACAGCUUUCUUGGAGAAGUGGAGUUACCUUUGGACUCCUGGAACUUUGAAAAUCAGGCAGAGGAGUGGUUUAUGCUUCAGCCCAAGGUGGAGGUUACAGCCGAUAGUGGUCUUCAGUACAAAGGAGAGUUGAAAGUUGUCUUAAGAUAUGUCCCGCCUGAGAGGAACCUAACACUUCCCCUAGGAGAGAUUCAAGGAAAGAAAAGUUCUAAGAAAGGAAAGAAGGCAAAAUCACAACUGCCAUCAGGAGGCAUAUUGGAAGUUGUUGUCAAGGAAGCUAAGAAUUUAACGGCUGUAAAAUCAGGAGGAUCUUCUGACACAUUUGUGAAAGGGUACCUACUUCCAGACAACAACAAAACAACCAAACACAAAACUCCUGUAAUAAAAAAGAGUGUGAAUCCCCGCUGGAAUCACACCUUCACUUUCAGUGGCUUGAAUCCCAGAGAUAUUCACAAUGUCUGUGUAGAACUCACUGUCUGGGACAAAGAGUCCCUUGCCAGCAAUAUCUUCCUGGGAGGUAUCCGCCUGGGCACUGGAACUGGUUUAAGUAAUGGCAAAGAAGUUGACUGGAUGGAUUCUCAAGGAGAAGAGCAGCUUCUUUGGCAAAGGAUGAUUGACACUCCUGGAGAUUCAGUGGAAGGUAUAUUAAUGCUGAGAUCCAGCAUGGGAAAACGCAGACUCUAAGAGGAUACAAUUUAUAUAAGAAUGACUCCAGGUAUAUUGCUUUUGUGAUUAAAAUGGAGACUGGUCUACAGUGAAGCUCCUUCUGUUAUAAUUUGCACAUGUGAAAAAUGGAAGACAAAAACUCUUUUUCAACUUGGACUUCAAAGCUCCUGAAAUAAUUAUUAUGUAUUAUUAUGUAAGCAUUCAGCACUUUCCUACAUCUAUAUCUUAACACUGCUCUACCUUACUUAGUUGAAAACAGUGAAAUGUCACUUUCAAGACUGGAUUUCUCAGGUGUGACUGAGUGGCAGCAGUAAGGUUGUCUUAAAAUCCUCUUUUCCACAGUAAAAGCCAGCUCCUUUGUUAACUUAAGAUUGCUUCUUUUUGCAUAUUUUGUGUUAUCGCAGAAAAGCCACAAAAGGCUGAGUGAUAAGGUUUAUGGUAGUUCAAUAUGAGCCCAUUUCAAAGAAGCUGAAUAGUUAGAAUGAACUAAGGGGAUGUUAGACUGCAGGCAAGCUGCUAAGUAAUUACUUGCAUCUACUUCUCCCUUCAAGUUCUGCAGGCUCAUUUCCAUAAAUGGUUCCCAGUAGUAGGCUUGGUAAUAAGCAAGUCAGAUAUAUCUGGUUCUCUACUCACAAACAUAACUGUUCUUUGGGGUGUUUUGAGACAAUCAGAUUUUGCUGACAAAUAAGGUGAAUCCCAUAAAUCUCAGCAACAGUGCACCGCAUGUGUUUCAGCACUUCAUAUGAAGUUGAAGGUGCCAAGGAAGUAGGCCAAAGAGCAUCUGAUGAAGAGUCCCCGCCCCCUCCAGAAGUCGUUGCUAUUAUGAUUUGUUAAUUCUUCCCAGAACUUUAAAGUACUGGAGAGUGGUGGUGGUGGUGGUGAGAGAAUCCAAGUUUCUCAUAUUGAAGUUGAAAGAGGUAUCAAUUAGAUAAUGUAAUAUCUGCCCUAAGACAGGGGCACUAGUGCCUGUCCAAUCUUUUAUUGAACUCCUCCAAGCAAGGAGAUUUUACAACCUUGCUAGAUAGCUGAACGGCAUCAAUAAACUAUUCCUACUAAUAGUUAACCUAAAAUUGACCUCCCUGUUGUGAGUGAGCUGUGAAUGGAGUGGAACAGUAGUUCCUCCCUUUCCCUCUGCAUAAGCCCCUGCCCUCAUAUCUCCAUUUAAUUAUUUGAACAUUGUAAUAAUAUUACAAUUGGUCACUAUCUUCAACUCUCUGUAUAUGCCCAGUUCCUUCAGGCUUUUGAUAUAGGAUUUGCCUUCCAUAUAUAUAUGUAGACCUUGAGAAAGCUACUUUUGAGGCUCUAGGUCAGGGUAGGACAAGUGAAGGGUUAGAAGUACAGGCAUGGUUGUACCUAGCCUCUUUUAACUUAAACACCUUGCCAAGUCAAGUGAAGAGGCAGUGCAGUGCAUUAGUCCUCUUGCGACCUAUUCAAUGUCCUGCUUCUCCAUCAUUCCAGCAGAUAAACGGCAUGUGCCUGCUGCUCCUCCUGAGUGAUUUGAGAUGUCUCAGUGUCUGUAGGAUUCAAAUGGUGCGUUGCAGCGCAGCCUUGACCAAUUUUAGUGGAAACAAUGAGUGGCAAUAUUCAGUUUGAAGAACUGAAGUGGGAGUAAGAGUUCUUCAUUUUGCCCAUACUCUGCUUUAGAUUGCUUUCUUAUGGACACUGUGUGGAUAUGAACUAGAGCUAUUCAUAGCAAUAGGCAACAGAAUCCUAAUUCUGAUGCAAGCCCAUAGCUGCUAGCUGAACCAUCCAAAAGACUAGGUUCAAGCAGCCAUUGGUGCUGCACCAAUUUGGGCCACUGAAGAAACCAGUAUAGAAGUGAACCACACAUCUGGCAUGGAAGAUGCACAAUUUCCCAAUGGUUUCCAAGGUACACAUGUCUCCAUCAGUUUCAAAUAAACUGAGCUUCUUUGGUCAAUCCCAUAUGGCUCUGUGCCACUUGCUAGAUGGAGUAGCCAAGUCACUGUGUGCAUUGCUAAACUAAAACCAACUUUAACAGCAAGCACUGCCAUCUGUGAGAUUUGGGAUGUCAUUCACUUUUGUGGAAUCUCUUAUGUAUUUUGAAGAGCUUGUGCAAAAUAAAAGUCAUACUUCCUGAUGAACUACAAAUACAAAAUUUUGCAUGAACAAUCUUGCCACCUAAAUUAAGAACAUAAGAGCAGCCCUGCUGGAUCAGGCCCAUGGUCCAUCUAGUCCAGCAUCCUGUUUCACACAGUGGCCCACCAGAUGCCCCUGAGAAGCCCACAGGUAAGAGGUGAGGGCAUGCCCUUUCUCUUGUUGUUGGAGGUGGCGUAUAACCACCAGACUAAUAGCCAUUGAUAGACCUGUCUUCCAUGAAUUUGUCUAAGCCUCUUUUAAAGCCAUCCAAGCUAGUGGCUAUCACCACAUCCUAAUAGCAGUAAAUUCCAUAGGUUAAUUAUGCACUGUGUGAAAAAGCACUUCCUUUUGUUGGUCCUAAAUUUCCCAACCUUCAGUUUUCCGGGAUGACCCCUGGUUCAAGUAUUGUGGGAGAGGGAGGAAAAUUUGCCUGUCUACUUGCUCUAUUCCAUGCAUAAUUUUAUACACUUCCAUCAUGUCUCCCUGUAGUCCCUCUUUUCCAAACCAAAAAGCCCCCGAUUAUGUAGCCUUGCCUCAUGAGGAAGGUCCUUCAGGCCCCUGAUAAUCUUGGUUGCCCUCUUCCAGUUCUACAAUGUCCUUCUUAACAUAUGGUGAUUAGAACUGAACAUAGUACUCUAAAUGUGGCUGCACCAUAGAUUUGUAUAAGAGCAUUAUAAUACUAGCAGUUUUAUUUUUCAGUCCCCUUCCUAAUGAUCUGUAGCAUGGAAUCUGCCUUUUUGUCAGCUGCCAUGCACUGAGUCAACACUUUCAAUGAGCUGUUCACCACAACCUCAAGAUCCCUCUCCUGGUCAGUCACCAACAAACAGCUCAGACCCUAUCAGCAUAUAUGUGAAGUUGGCUUUUGUUUUUUUGCCCCAAUGUGCGUCAUUUUGCACUCACUUACAUUGAACUGCAUUUGCCAUUUUGUCACCUCCUCUCCCAGUUUGGAGAGAAAUUAGCUGAAUGCACUACUUUUUACACCUGAAUGUGCUUGGGGCACACACACACACACACGCAGAAAUUCUCAAUUAAUCAUCAUAUCUUAACUAUUAUUGUUUAAUAAUUUUUUCACAGUCAAUAGUCCCACAACAUAAUGCCCAAGAGAAGCAGAUGAUCUUUCUCAUAUUCAAGUGUACUCUGAUUCAUAUUUAUAUAUGGUCAUUACACACUAAAAUGAACAAUGUUUGAAACUGAAACCCUACAAAUUUCAAACUGUUCUUUUCCUUCCCCUUUGCAAGCUCUUUAAUAAAAAUAAAUAAAUAAAUUUUAAAAAUAUAUAUAUGAAUGUCUUGAACUUUCCUAAGAAGUGUAAUCUACAUAUCAAAUUCCUGCUACCUGAGAUUUUAAAAACUGUCAGGGACUAAUCUUGGAGCUUUGUGUGCAUCUAUGACUGGGCUAAGGUAUCUUCUGCCUAGUAAAUAUAUGUUGUUAGAUUUUUACUAUUCUGUCAUAAAAACUUUCUAAGUAACUAGUAGACUCUACUAUUUUUUUAAAAUCCCAAAGUGUAAUUGCUUUUUGCUCCUUUGCAAAACUCUGACCAUAAAGUCAAAGCACACUUAAAACACAGUAUGUGGAUGUAUAGAGCUACAUUACCAUAGUCCAUUUCAGACACAAUGUUGUAUAUGUAUACAGUUGUCUGUACAUAUGUACAUGUUUUCAUGUGAAUGACUAUACAUGCAUUCAUUUAAAAAGUCAACUUGCCUACAAGCUCCCUCAAAUACAGGAUACAAAUAAACUGUACUUCUGUCAAUGUGAAUAAACUGUACAAGCAAACGGAGCAGCACAUGCAUUUAACAUAAUGUGUGAAGAGACUCAUAAGCCCAACAAAACUGAUCUUAACUAAUCCAGUGGAUUUGAGUGAGACAACAUUGCAUCUGCUCUGAAUAUUUAUUAUGGUUAGCGCAUAAUAUAUAAACCAGGUACAUUUUACUGAAUUGUUCUUGAAAUAGAUCAUCUUCAUGUAAUCAAGCCUUUACAAAUUAUGGCGGGGGAGUGUAUUUGGAAGCAAUAAACCAGCAUUGCCAAAGAGUAGCAACCUUAAAAGCAAAAGAGACAUACAUGCAGAUAUUGAUAAUGAGGCAGUAUCCCAGAAAAGAAAGUUCAGUGAAAAUGCACGAGUCUUUCAGCAAAAAUACUUUUUGAAAAAUCACAGACACUAUGGAUUUAUGAAAUUAAUGUGCUGAUAAAAAGAUGUACAAAAAUAUAGAUUGAAUUGCAUACAUAAAUAUUUGCAAUGAAAUAAGCGGAUGAUCUAGGGAAAAUAUGCAGGCCUUCCAUGACUCAGUAUGUGUAAGUUCAGUUUUGCAUAAGCUACAAAGGCCCUUUGUGGCACUACAUAUGUGUACAAGUUCUAUUUAAUAUAUAAUGCAGCUGUAAUACUGUAUGAAUCUGAGUAAAUUUGCAACUGCUUAGUGAGGAAACUGCAUUACUAGAUGGAGAUAGAGCAGUGAUUCAGAAACAAUCUCACAGCUGUACUGUGAUUCAUGUUAAUACUGAAGUUUUACUUUGUCCCAUUUAUACCCUGCCUUUCGCGCCUUAAGAUGAUCUUUGUACUGGUGAAAACCGAUACAAUGAAUACCAGCAGCUACCCAAAAAGCUAGGACUGCAAAUGGUGUAUGUUUUGGUAGCACCAGCUACUCAUCUGGAAACUUGUUUUUGGCUUAACAAUUCUGCAUCUUUCUUUAAAGAAAUAUGUGGGAGAAAACAAAGGAAAUAGUUUCCUAUUUGACUUUUCUUUUCCCAGUUAUUCUAACCGGUGUGCUUGUCAGUCAUGUAUUGUGUUCACCUUUGCCAGAGCAUUAGUAAAGCAAUCAAGGUAUAUGUUAGAAAAAGUUCAUGUUUAUAUUGAUGCCUGGUUAAGAAUAGUUUAACCAUAUGCUACUAAAACUGAUUCAGAAAAACCAGAAAUGAAUAUGUAGAGCAGGUACAAUGGAAGCUUGUAAUUCUUUGCAUGUUUUGUACACCUCUGCAUAUUUCUAAACAGCUAGAUCACAGAACGAUAACAAACUGAUGACAAUGAGCUAGAUCAGUGAUUCUCAAACUUGGGUUCUCAGGUGUUAUUGGACUUCAACUCCCAUAAUCCCCAACCAAAGGCCACUGAGGCUGGGGAUUAUGGGAGUUGAAGUCCAAUAACACCUGAGGACCCAAGUUUGAGAAUCCCUGAGCUAGAUGUAUCAUAUUAAACCAGACCACCCAUUUUCGUAACCAGCUACAGUGGUGUUCUCUUUAGAUAUCUGUUUCUAGUUAUAUUUUAAAGGCCUAAAGGCAGAACAGACCAGUGUAACCACAAAUUCUUAAAUGGUGAGGAUUUCCUGUUUGAAAAAGUGAUGUUCUAUCUCUCCCUUUCCAACUCCAUCAAAACUCCUUUGUUAUACUAGCCUAUUUGCUGAGCAGGAGUUACACACUAUCACCUUGUUUGCAUCUACUGAUUUUUGUAGCAAUGGGAUCCUUGGAUUAAAGGUGGAUUAAUAAAAAGUUGUAUCCCUGGAACUCCCACAGUAUAAGGUAUGCAUUAAGUAAAGACUGCUGACUACUUCUGUAAUUGACCAAUCUACACCAAUUGCCCAUGCUAUGUCUAAGAAUGUUGUCUUGUAACUGGUACAUAUAAUGUACUCUCAGGCACAGUGUGAAAUUAGCAUCUAUAAAUCUCAAAUCCUCCUGUGUGACAAGUGAGCAAGUCUCACAUGAUAAAGGGGUUGUUGCCAUAUCCUACUUUUUAACUUGUCAGGAGGCUGACUAGCACAAUUCAUUUGUGGCAAUGUUAUAGUAACUGCAUGCUUCAGAACUUAAUUUUAUUAUUCUUCAAAUGGCUUCAGUAUAUUUACCUGCAAAAACACUUUGUUGCAUUUGCUGUACAAUCAGAUGUCUUAUUUAUUUCUGUUACAACUGUAUCAUUUGGAACAUUUGUGCUGGGCAUGAACAGUAUCAAAUGAUAAACUGGGACUGCAUUAUGUUAAGCGUUGCCAAACAUCAGCAAGAACUCUUUCCCACUCAAGCUGGCUUCUGUACUUUUCCUCUGAAUUUGUACAUUCAGAUUCAUGAAGAUGUGUGUGUGGGGGGGGGAGGCUGGCUGAGCUAAUUUGUUAGUGUAAAAUAAGGUAUUAUUUUGUGUAUUAAAAUCUUUAGCAAUGCAAAGUUUUAA